AUGUCACUGAAUAAGGAUGCCCCGAGUGCGGUGACUCUUCUGCAAGCGAUCAUCUUCUUGCAGUUCGGCGCGAGCUUCUUCAUUGUAGUCCUCACGACCGUCGGAAUUGCAUUCUCGUAUCCGGUCGCCUCGUACUACCUGAUGGCUCUUCUCCAGGUGGUCGUCACUAUUCCGGGAAUUGUGCACAUUGCCCUACAGGGAAACAGUUCGUUCCCUUUCUCUUCGAAACACCUCAAUUUCCCUUUCAGUCUGGGUGGCCAUCUACAUUACGUUCCAAUUGGUGACUGCGGUCUGUGAAAUCUACUGGCUCAUCUACAUGAUCUUCGACAAUCAGUCCGCCGGUCGCUGGGUCGGACUCUCCCUUCUCACCGCCAUCAACAUCGUCGCCGUCGUCAUUGCGAUGUGGUUCCGUCAGAAAGUGCUGAAGAUGCCGUGCAAGAAGAACAAGGAGAAGAAGAAGGAGGAUCCAAAGCCUGAGAUGAAAAGUAGUCGGAAUUCUUUAAAAGUGUGUAGAAAGUGUCUUGUUUCAGCUCCAUCCACAUCGAUUAGCGAGAUUGAAAAGUCGAAGGCGGCGAGAUCGAGCAAAGAAUCGUCAGCGACUUCGUCGAAGAGAUCGAGCGAGAAGUCGACGAACAAAUCGGAGGAAAAGUCGGAGGAGCGGGAGAGUGAGAAGUCUUCGAAAGGAAACCGCAAAGUGAGGAAAGUGAAGAAGAACAAGCCAUCGAGACUGCCAAUCGACAGCCGGGAGGUCUCUUCUCCUGCCGCCAGAUCGACCAAGCCCCCGAGCAAAUCUCCGAUCACCACUGACUUCAGUUCGGAGAAUUAAUGAGCUACUUGUUUUCUAUUGUUGUAUUUAUGCAGGUUAAAAUGAAAUAUAGUAGAGUGAAGAUAAGAGUGAAUCGUUCUCGAUUGUUAACCUUUUGUCACCCGACGGGAAUGCGCGGCAGCGUUAGCAGUUAGCAGUCAGUUUAAACGAAUCUGUCGGUCGGCGGCGAGAGUGUCAGUACAUUCCGACUGCCUGAUGACGAAGGCGAAGCGACACGAAGAGAAAGAAAGGAGAAGGAAAGUGGGGGCGCGAGGGGCGAAGACGCGCGGUCAUUCGAGUCGAGAUGGUCGUCGACGGCUUCCUUCUGCUUCUGCUGACUGUAGGGGCUCUCGGAGCAAAAAUAGCGCUAUUCCCAUCGACGGGAUGCUUCAGCCACGAUGUCAUGAUGAAACAGGCAAGUCACUUUUCGGUUUCUGACUUUCUCUGUUCUGACUCUGACCAUAUCUUAUCAAUCAGUUUUGUGGUUUGUCGCUUCUUCAGGUCGGAGAGCAACUUGACGAAAGCGACAACAACAUCACGUGGAUUCAGACGUACCUUUACGACUUUGGUUUCGGGGAAAUGCCGUUGCCAGACCAUUGGAAUCGUCUCUCGAUAGCGGGAAUCGACGAGAGAGGUUGGCUUUUUCUCUUCUGAUUACACUUUUUCUCUCAUCUCUAUUGAACACACUUGGUCAAACAGAUCAGCUGGGAAAUGGGGGUUAACUCGAAACGGCAACGUCUCAGACGUCUUCCCUCCUCCGUGUUUUUCUGGUUUCUGAUCAAAUACGAAGUGUUACUCUGGUACACACAAAAAUUCUUCUUUCUUUCUCUCCCAGCUUUUCUCACCUCCUCUGCGCACACACUCUCUCGGUGCCGUUUACGGCUUUUGCUCAUGCUUGUUAGUAGUCCAGUUCCUGCAAGCUCUGAUUCUUUUGUCUGGUAUUCUUCUGUUAUUCAUUCGCGAAUAAACGUGUAUCUUUAAUACACUCGUCGCUCGACUUUUCCACCUCAACGGGUUAGAUAACCCUCAGACAUGUCAGUUACGAUGGCCUGUUUUUAGUUUGAAACCGUUCCGCAAAAAGGCCAUUUGUUUCCCUUUGAUUGGAUUCGCUCCGAUUAUUCUCCUCUGUUUCGACCAUAGUCCUUUUUCAUGGCCACAUGGGCCAGGCUAUCAUUAAUUUUUGCACGCGUAUUUCAAAGAUUGUCCACUUUACAUUGUGUUUCGGACGUGAUAAGCGGUGAUUCCGGUCGGUGUUUCCCAAGGUCUCAGUCCAUUCUACUUUUGACCUAUCAAUUGUCUGAUCACGUUUCCAACGUACUUUUUCAGGCAACUACCUCCAGGAGAACACGGGUCGCUUGAUCUGGAGGCAAAAUGUUCCUUUUGACUUUGACCGACCAUUCAACAUACAGGGGAUCAAAGACUUUGUGGUGUAAGAAUUAAAAAAAAAGGUAAAUGUGUAGAAGGAAAACUUCAGAAUGUUGCAACGGCAUCAGGAGUACUGCACAGUCAUGAUGGACGACCCGAGAUAUCAGCAGCUGCGGAGGGAGAAUGUCUCUGUCGCCGUUUUGGAUCACUUUCUGCAGGUAGGCGACCUGUCGGUUUUUGAUCUUGAAACGAGCGACUGCAGGAAUGCAUGGGCGGCCUCGCCCACUUGCUCAACGCCUCCGUCAUCCAAUUCUCGAAUUGGCCCAUCUCCGACGGCUACGUGACGUCUCUGAAUCUGCCGGCGUCGCCCGCUUCGGUGCCCAAAACAGGUGAGUGGGACACAGAAUACACUGUACUUUUCAUCGCGUUUAAUCGAAUCACAAGUAGCUAGAAAACUCCCUUUCUAAGUGUUUUCGCGUACUUUCAGGUACCCGUCUCUCAAGCGUCGCCAUGAGUUUUCUGCAACGAUGCCAGAACGUUCUGUUCCAUGUGGCCAUCGCAGUGACACGUUUCGUUCAGAUGAGGACACUCGACAGUCUGUUUGCCAGAAAGAACUACCCUUGGGUGAGAGAACGAGGGAAUUCUGAAAAAUAAAACAGGAAAUGUUUUAGAUUCAAGUGGAAAUGAAUGAAGCCCAGAGACCGAUAUUCGCGGGGAGAUCCGAGAUGAUGUUCGAGUCAGUCCGACCCAUAAACAAUCGAAUCAAAUUCUUCGGAGCGGCCUCCACAAUGCCUCCGGAGAAUUACAUCAGCUCGACAGGCCAUCUCAGCUCCUAUUCUUCUACCGUAUCUUUCUCAGAGCCCGUGAUUCUCAGCAACAACGCCUCCAACUUUACUGCAGAAUGUGAUACCUGCCAUAGAGUGCACACUGAACAAUUGGCGCAAAGACGACAAUGGUUCUUUGAAACAGUCACAGAUCGAUCGGUUAUUGUGAACAGGCAAAACGAGCUGCGUGGCAAGUACCCGACCAUCAACUGGGAACGAGUUCACACCGAGAAGUUCGUACUUGUUACGUUCGGAAGUGUGGCGCAAGUCGACAAAAUACACCACGAGCUGCUCAGUUCGCUUCUCUCCACGUUCUCACGGCAGCCAGGACUAAUCAUUUGGCAAUCCAAUCUGAGUGCGGAGGACAUUCGUCGAAUCCACAAUCUGACGGUGCCCGAUAACGUUUUAAUCAGUUCGUGGGUACCGAUCAAAGAGCUUUUGGCGCACGAGAACAUUGAAUUCCUCAUUUGUCACGGAGGAAUCAACACUGUAAAUGAGCUGGGAAUGUUUGGAGUUCCAGUGCUCGGAGUGCCCCUUCAAGGUGAUCAAGCGUCGAAUCUGGCGAGAGUUGUGGACUUGGGAGCAGCUGAAUUGAUGACGAUCAUCGAGUUGAAUGAUGGUAAACUGGAUGAGAUGAUGGAAAAAAUGAGAGAGAAUCUGGCAAGGUGCGUACUUUGGUUUUCUUGUCACGCAUCAUGACUUCUUUGUAGAUACUGGCAGAGAAGUGAAAAGCUAGCCAAAAUGCUCGCCCAACACCGUCAGUUCCACACUGGAUACCAGCAGUUCUGGCUGAACUGGGUCGCCCGUCACGGGAAACGAAUCGAAUCGAAAAAGUUGGUGAGGUACGAGUACCUCGGAGACCUCGAGAAUCGCUUCUGGAUGACUGCUUUUGGAACGAUUCUCCUCGCUGUUUUAGUCAUUAGCUCCUGA